AUGCUUCCAUUGCUAUCCAUUGCUGGUGGUGAGACAUGUCGCCAAGACACCGAGUAUCAACCGCGGCCAAGAGCUUCAACAGCCAUGCGACUGCGUCCUGGCGCUUUGCUGACGUUCCUAGCAUUACCCGUCUUCCUGACCUUUGUGCUGCCACGGGGAGACAGGAGCACCCUGCGGCCAGAAAGGCAGAAACACUUCACUGCGAGGCAAGCGGAAGGCAGUGAUGCUGGCGUUUCGGCGAAGGGCAAGACUGUCGCAGAGUCGCUCAAAAAAGCAGAGAAAGCAGACGAGAAGGAGAUGAAUAUCUUUGAAACUGGAGCUUUGGGAAUCAUGGGCGCCGCCAUUCUGCUGGGCGGCGUGCUGGUUGUGGGUGUCCUGGGAGGAGAAGUUCUUUGGAUCGAGAGUUGA